AUGAAUCGAAACUUAACAUUUUGCCAAAAGUAUCGGCUACUACUAUGGAAGGACUUCAAACUACAACUUGCCAAUGUGGUAGAAUUAGCUAUGAUAAUUUUCCUUUCUGCUUUAAUGCCCAUCAUUUUUACUAUUGGCACAAAAGUAGCAAAAUCAGUAUUUCCCCCAGAUAUAGAAAUAGGAAAGAAUCCCGGCCCGAAAAGUGUCAACACGAGUUUAUUUGAAGAUUUAUAUUUUACACCUAAUAAUGGGAUACUUGAGCAACUAAUAACCCAGCUUGCAAAUAUUUCCGACUUUAAAAAUGUCGAAGUGUAUGACUCCAACACUGAACUCUACUUGCGUUUGAUAGCCAACAAAAAAGCAAUCGGGAUUGCGUUCCCAAGUGAAUGGCAUGACAUAAAAGCCUGUCCGGAAGUGCUGAAUAUAACCAUAUUUCUGCCGUUAUGCAUUAAAAGAAAGGAUUUCAAAUAUUUCGAAUCGGGCUUUUUAUUGCUUCAAGAGCGUAUGUCCAAAAUAUUCAUAUAUUUUAAGAAUGCUGGCAUUGAGAACAUUCCCCGUGUUCUGAUGAAUCAUUUUCCAUACCCCCUAUAUGUGCCCAAUCAUUAUGCGGAGUCGGCAAAGGCCAUGACCUACAUGACCCUGACAUCGUUUUUUCUUCCCUGCAUCACAAUUGCCAAGUAUGUAGUAGCUGAAAAGGAGCGCCAGCAAAAAGCUAUUCUAAACGCAAUGGGAUUUAGUAAUAGUAUUCACUGGCUGGCCUGGUACACCAAAUCAAUGUUGCUUAUGAUGCUAUGUGUGAUAAUCAUGAUUAUUAUUUUUGCUAUUGGAUCGGUUUAUGAAUUCAGCAACCUGAUUUGCCUGAGCAUCGUUCUUCUUGUAUACGUCCAUUCACUCGUACUUUUUGCCUUCUUCGUAAGCUCAUUUUUCUCAAAAAGUUCAUCGGCCUUGGUGGCCACACUUUUGAUAUACUUGGCCACAGCUAUUCCCUUUCUGAUUGUGGGUGCGGAAACCUCCAGUGUUGCAUCCCAAACGGCUGCCAGUUUUGGAGUUAACUCUGCACUGUUCUACAUUUUGGCCUCAGUGGCCACAAUGGAGAUGCAGUCGGUGGGAUUGCAAUGGCACACCAUGGCCCAUACCGCCUCUAACGGCCAUAAGCUCAGCAUAAUGGUCCACAUGCUCAUCAUGUUCACGAUCAGCUGGAUCGAGCUGCUCAUCUGCCUGUAUAUCGAGGCGAUGCGUCCUGGUGACUUUGAAGUGCCUCAGCCAUGGAACUUUCCAUGCCAAAGUAGAUAUUGGUGUCCGUUCCGGUAUGUAUCUUCAGCUGGCCGUGGAAAUUCAUCACUACAUAAUCUAUCGGGUCAACCGUUUAUCAAUCUUGAUGAUCAAACCCAAGAGAAUUUUCAAAAGGUACCCUCUAACAAAAAAAUUGGAGUGGAAGUCAGAAGUCUUUCCAAGGCUAUAGGAUAUCACACUGUUGUCAAGAGUCUUUUCUUUAAUGUGCACGAAAACGAGAUUACAGCUUUGGUGGGACAUAAAGGUUCUGGGAAGACUACCACCUUAUUGAUGCUCUGCGGGAUUGUGCAACCCACCACGGGAACAGCGCUGAUCAAUGGACACGACAUAGUCACCGAACCGAAAUUAGCAAAGGGCUGUUUGGGAAUCUGCACGCAGAAUAGUGCCCUUUUCAAAGGAAUGAGUGCAAGGGAUCACAUAUACUUCUUUAGUCGCAUAAAGGGCUACACCAAAAAUGAGGCCAUGAUGGAAUCGAAUAUCUACAUUGGCAAGCUUAACUUGGUCGACUGGCAAAAGCGGGACGCCAUGAAACUCUCACCAGGGAAUCAGCGGCAAUUGUCACUGGCCUGUGCGCUUUGCGCCGGCUCCAAGGUGAUCCUCUGCGACGAGCUAUCCUCCGGCUUGGAUCCCGUUGGGCGCCACGAGCUAUGGCGAUUUCUGCAGAAGGAAAAGCGUGGACGUACCAUCUUGCUGACAACCGAACUCCUGGAGGAGGGUGAAAUCCUUGCUGACCGCAUAGCUAUCAUGAGCGAAGGACAGAUUGUGGCCUACGGCACUUCGGGAUACAUAAAACAAUUGGAAUACACCAGCUAUACACUUUCCUGCCAGAUGGCUCCCAACAGCAAAGCGGAUAAGCUGACAGACCUCGUCAAGUUCUAUAUGAUCACCACUACACCGGUGUUCCGGGGAGCGACUGUGAUCUACAAGCUGCCACGAAGCAAAUUGGACCGAUUCCCGGAGUUCUUCCAACAGCUGGAGAGCAAUAAAAAAGGCCUCGAUGUCGUCAGCUUUGGGCUGAGCGACACAAGUCUGGAUGGGAUCUACCUCAGUCUGGAGUAUUGUCAGGUGCUGCGCUCCAGGGGCGGUGCUGACUCAGAAGAAGAUAAAGCCGAUUUCGCACUCCAAACUGAGAAGCCAAAUCGGACGAAGGAAAGAGCAACCGGCUCACUAGUUAGGUAUCAGCAGACGGUAGAGUCCAACUCGAAAGCCGAGCUCCAAAACGAUCCAAUCCUAAAACUAAGACCGUCCAUGUACCCGAUAGAAAAAUGGAGGCCAAAGAAGCGGGAAAGAGGAAGUUGUAUGGCCCAAUGGCAGGCAAUGAUUAUAAAAAAAAAGAAUUACACAUCGUCGCGAGCUCUCGUAUUUAUUAUAAUCCUCAUCAUUCCACUUUUGUAUUAUGGCAUAGUACUUGCGACUGCCAGCUCAGAAAAAGGUAGCCCUCAAACAUACAUACCACCCGUGCUCCCAUUGUCAUUGGACUAUUAUAGCUAUGAUGACAUGAUCAUCCUGCUCGAAAUCAAUAAGGACUUGUACAAGGGCGAAGGAGAUGCCUAUGUCAAAUCGGUCAAAGAGCCUGCAACGGUUCAAAGAAUAGGCUCAAUUUUUUCGUAUAUACACAAAGCAUCGCCCUUAGUGCGCCGAGAUAUCAGACGUAAAUACGUGUGUGGUGCGUCGUUUAACAAUUUGUCCACUGUCACAGCCUGGUUCAAUAGCGAUGCCUUCGAGCACUCGGCACCCAUUGCCAUGAAUUUGGUCUACAAUGCCCUGGGAAAGGCGGUGUUUGAAGACAACGAUUUCAGUAUUAGCGUAAGCAGGGGUGAUCUUCAUGACUACGUUAUCAAAGAUAAAGUUUCAGGGAAAAAGCACAGGUCUAAACGGCAGAAUGAACCGGACUAUGAAGACUAUCCGGACUACGAUAUUCAAGAAAAUGAUGAUAAUAUCGUUAAACCACAUACCUCAACCACACCCCCUAAUGACGAUUCUAUUCACAGACCUAGUGAUGGUAACCAACUUGCUGCUGAGAUGUCCAUCUCGGAAGCCUCUUCAACAUUACAGAAUGAAAAGGGCAAAAGGAGGCUACUCCUCGGUGCAAUAAUUACCAUAACAGCGUAUAUAGCCCUGGCUCUAAGCAUUUUUUCCGUAUUUGUAACGAAGGAGCGAGUGCAGUGUCUCAAAUUGCAACAAGAAAUUUACGGAGUGACCCUAUCCCACUUCUGGUUAACCCACUUUCUUGGCGAUCUCCUCAUAUUUGCAAUUUAUAUGGCGGCCUUAACCAUCGCAGUGCAUCAGUUAACAAUCUGGUACCAAGUGUUUAUAAUGCUCCUACUUAUUGGAUUUGCUUGCUUGCCAUUUGUGUACCUAUGUAGUUUCUUAUUCAGGCAGCCAAUUUCUGCGUUUGCGGGCAACUUUACGAUUCUGGUAGUGACGGGUGGACUACUAUUUUGCACUCUCUUCAUGUUGAGCUCACUCACGGAUGUCAACUUCAGGACAGUAUUUGCGAUACUUCCAAUGUACGUCGGUGCUUUUGGCCUUUUUAAAUGCCUCGCCUCGCGUGAAUAUUGCCGCCGUGAAGUACUUCCGCCGAUCAAUGAUCUUGAUUGUAAAUUCGGAACGUGUAACGUGUUCUGCGCGUGCAAACCCGCUAAUAAUUGGAUUGAGGUCUGGCUACUGAUAAUCCACUGCUUGGUUGGGCUUUUAUUUCUUUGGUUUUCGACCUUUGGAUACCAAAUUGGCUACAGAUUUAAGCCAAAGCAAAUGAACCGGAAUUGGGAUAACUAUGUGAAAAACAGUAAAGUUCUGGACGAGGAGAAACGUGUUAGUCAAAUCCAGAAGCACGAACAUGAGGAGUAUCCUUUGAUUGUGGACCAGGUUAAUAAGAACUACUGCCGCACAAAAGCCGUCCAGUUUGUGUCAUUCGCUUUGGGACCCGACGACUGUUUCGGUCUUCUGGGCGCCAAAGGAGCUGGAAAGACAUCUAUUUUCCGAAUGAUUGCGGGCGACACCAGCAUGACCUAUGGAAACAUCUACGUGAGAGGACACAGUCUCAGGGAACACAGGAAAGCAGCCAAAAUGGAGGUGGGCUACUGUCCCCAGGGCGACAUGGCACCCAAGUUUCUCACCGGUCGGCAAAUGCUGAGGAUCUAUUGCCUGCUUCAUGGAGUGCCGAAAAAGGACAUCAAGGCGAUGUCCGAGAAAUUAGCCAUCGAAUUUGGCUUCAAGGAGCUACUGGACAGGGAAAUUCGGACAUAUAGUGGUGGGCAGCGGAGAAAACUGAAUGUUGCCCUCGCUAUCGAUAGCGGAUCGGUCCUCUGUCUGGAUGAGCCGAAUGGUAAUGUCGACCCAACCACCCGACGAUUUAUUUGUCAUAAGCUGGAGGCUGUAAAAAGGAGCGGCAGACCCAUUCUUCUGACCACCCAGAGCCUUGACGAGGCGGAUGCACUGUGCUCGACAGUCGGUUUGCUGGUCUACGGCGAGAUGAUGUGCGUCGGGUCGCUACAACAGGUGCGAUCAGAAGUAUCGAACACCAUGGUGAUAAGGCUUAAAGUCAAUGCCAGUUCCAGUGCGGAAAAGCAGAAAGCCAGCAUUCAGCAACUAAUGACUGAUAUGGCGGAACUGCUUCCAAUGGCCACGUUACGGGAAGCCCUUGAAAAUUGUCUCAUAUAUUACAUAAACAUUAAUGUUACAACCUUGUCGAACUUGUUUUACCAAAUGGAACAAAUACGAAAUGAAGGAGGACUAUUGCAGGACUAUUCCAUAACGCAGGUUUCCCUGGACGAAUUAUACAAAAUACUAGAUGAGGAGGAAGAUCCUAUGCUCAUAGGCUCGACUAAUAAUAGCGACGGUCCAGAUGACAAACAAAGCCAAAGAAGAAAUAUAGUAUCAGAUACGGAUAUAAUAAUGGGAAAGGAUGAACGAAAAGGAGUGGACAAGGAAGAUAAAACAGGGCCGAAAAGUAGCGAAAAUAAUAAACAAGUUAUUAAAAGAUCUACAACUUCGUCUGAAAGUACUGACAGUGAUGAAAUGGUAGCAAAUAAAGGCGGAAAAUGAAAAAAAAGAAAGUGGUAACAAGACAAUAUGAAAUU